UCUUAGCAGCUGCUUCUUCUUCUUCCUCUGUUUUUCAUAAAUAUUCGUCAGCAAGAGAAAAUAUUAAGGGGGCUCAAAAAUAAGCUAAUGCUUACGCGGCCAGUGGUAAAACGGCAUAUUAAUCAAUUAUUAGCCAAAUAGUAUAAAAUGCCAGCCAGCUGCAAUCGUUAAGUGCACGACACAGUAUUGAUUUUUACAACCAUAAAGCCCAAGAAGACAAGAUAAAUGGGCUGAUUUCUGUUUUUGUUGUUGCUGCUGUUGAUGUUUCGCGAGAAAAUCAAAUUGAUCGAAGUCGCGCCAGUGUUUGCAAUCAAAACAAUAUAAUAACAGCGAACACACAGAAUAAUAUUUUGCCAAACAGAACAAAACAGCAAUCGAUAAUUAAUAAAAAAGAGAACAAAAUAAAUGAAAAUUGCUGCAAUCGAUUCGAAAUCGCAGCACGCACAAAACGUUUAUUAGACAAAAGAUAAAUCAAAUCUGGAGAAGCGAUUGCUCGUUAAAUAUUACACUUCUAUAGAUAUAGAUAGAGGUAUAGUUAUAGAUAAGAGCGGAAGGGCAAGCCAGCUCGCCACGUCAGUGGGAGUGAGCGAGAGGCAGCUAGCCAGCUUAGCCACUGGGCAGUAAACAGAGGGAUUCUUCAGAUUUUGAUUCGUCCCCGCAACUGCAAUGUUCAACAAUUUAAAAAAUCGUUUCGUUUCGGCCAUUGUGCCCGAUCUGCCCUUAUUGCCGAGCAGCGAGAGGGAGCGAGAUCGGGAGCAGCGAGAGCGGGAUCAUCAGCGUGGUGGCCACAUGCGCUAUUUGCAAAUGACGGACAAGAUCCCGUAUGGACGGCCCUCAUUCCUGCAGCUGCUCACCAACGACGAGCUGCGCGCCUCCGCCGACCACAAUGUCCGCCCGAUCAUCGUGCCCCGCGAAAUCAAUCUGCUGCCCUGGGCCACAGGCUACGCCGAGUGCGUAAACUCCGGCAAGUCAGAGUGGAACGAGGAUCAAGCUGCCUUCUGUCGGCAGGUGCUUUCGGAUCCGGAACACAAGCAUCCCGAUCUGCCGUAUACGUAUUUUGGCAUUUACGAUGGCCACGCCGGCUGUGGAGCCGCAUUGGCCGCCUCGCAUCAAUUCCAUCACAUCCUGCACGAGAAGCUGGUCGACUGCAUCGAGCAGCUGCUGCCACGUGACGAGGAUAUUGAGAACGGGAAGCUGCCGUUGAAUGCGAAUUCCUUUCCGCAUCCCGUCUACUUUCAACGUCGGGUUAGCAAGGACGAGCUAAUCGUUGGUGCGCUGGAGAGUGCAUUCUUUCACAUGGACUCGCUGAUCGCGCAAGACAGGAAUCGUUUUCUAUAUCGGGAUCCCGGCGGCUGCACGGCCUGCGUGACGCUCUUCAUCGAUGGCAAGAUGUAUGUGGCCAAUGCUGGCGACAGUCGCGCCGUCCUCUGCCAGCGCCGAGCGGGACCAGCAUCGGCAGUGGCAUCUGGAUCGGGAGUGGCAGCCAAUCAGGCGGAAUCAGAUGCUGUGGAAGCAGCUGCUUACAGUUAUCCGACGCCGUAUUCGGCGGAUCAUACGCCGGAAACGGAACGGGAACGCUUGCUGAACGUGGCCCGGUUGACGCCACAUCUGAUGGGAAAACAGUAUGUGGCCAUGGAGUAUGCCAAGCGGCCACACAUCAAGAACCUGGGUCAGCGCAUCCUCUGCCGCCAAGGCACCAUGAAGGGCUGGACGUACAAGACGUUGACGCGCGACGAUCUCCGCAUGCCGGUGGUGAAUGGGGAGGGAAAGCGUAGUCGGCUGCUGGGCACACUGGGCGUUACACGGGGAUUCGGGGAUCACGAUCUGCUGGCGAUCAACACAGGCAUUGAGAUCAAACCAUUCCUAACCCCGCAUCCCGAUGUGCGACAGCGUGAUCUCAGCCAGGUGGUCAGCAUACCCGAUGAGCAUAACGAGGAUGGUGACUACGGCAUUCUCGUGAUGGCCACCGACGGCCUCUGGGACGUGUCCGAGAACGAGGCGGUCGCCCGGACCGUGUUCCAGACCCUAUCGCGAUAUCCCACAGAGAAGCAUCGCUAUACAAUGGUCGCCCAAGAGCUGGUGGCGCGUGCUCGCGGCAAGAUCAACGACUCGGGCCAUUGGCGCUUGGCCGACAGCAAAGCGGCGGCCACCGUUGACGACAUCUCUGUAAUCGUAAUACCCGUGCAUCAGUACUACAAGGAGCACAUCCAAUGGACGCACAACUACAAGAACGAGCUCGAGCAGCGCCGGCGAAGGGCAGCCGAAGCUGAAGCCAAUAAUAUGGCCCAAGAGGCAGUAAAUGUGCUCAAUGGCAUUAUUGCCGAGGAAGCGCAUGUCGUUGAAGAGCAACCACAAGAUGAAAAACAGGCGGAGCAGCCAGUGCCUGAAGUGAAGUUGAAGGAAAAGGAACUGGAACAGGAGCAGGAGGAGGCACUGGUUGCCGAAUUGAACGAUGAGACGCCGCAGCAGACGAGCCUCGAGACAGUCAGCGAAUCGCUGGAGCAAGUGCAGCUGGAUGUGAGUGCAGCACAAGCAGCAGCAGCAGCCGAGACGACAACAACAACAAUAACAAUAGCAGCGACGACAAAUAAGCAGCAGCAGCGCAACAAUCGCAAGGGCAAAGGCAACAGGCAGUAAACUAGGACAAGGACACAGAGAAAGACAGAGAGAGAGAGAGGGAGAUAACAACAGCGGCGGCAUGUGUCCUUAUUAAAUGCUACAUAAAACAUAUACAAAUAAAAAAUAAUAAUAUUUAGCACAUGCAUAUUUAUCUUUUGUAUUCCGAGUCUAAAGAUAUAUAUUUAUAUUUACACAUUCAUGCAUUAGUUUACGUGUGUAUAGAAAGUAUUUUUUUUUUUGCAAAGAAACAUGCAACUUUUUGUACAAUUUAAUUUAUGAAUUAUGCUUUUUUUAUUUUUAUUAUUGUGAAAAUACCAGCUUACCAAUUUAUUCUAUUUAAUUAUUCUACACAAGAAAUUAGACAUAAUGCAAAUUGAAAAGAAAAUUAAUUUGGAUAUGUUCAACAUUGUUCAACAUAGCCUUGCAAACCGAUGUUUAUCUGUAUACAUCUAAUUUGAAUUACGAAUUAAGAACUCAGACCGAUCGAUUCUACUGGUCCGAUUAUAAUGUAGAAUCGAAAAACAAAAACCAAUCAAAUCAAUGAUUCCAAACAAAAGAAUUAGAUAGAGUUUUAAGCGGAGUAGCAUAAUAAAAGCGAUAAUUGUUAAAUAUAA